UCGUCCACCAAUCAACAUGAAGAGCCAACCCAUCCUGAUCCUAGCCAUGUGCCUCCUGGCCCUCUCCUCCGUUUCCAGCAUGCCGCAGCGUCGGGCGAAGAGUCAACGCCAGGUGGAGUACUCCUCCACACCCUAUCCGGCAGCUGGAUUCCGCCCCAGGAUCGCUUUCAAUCUUCCCAGCGAAGUGCAGCCCAAGCUCGAGACGGAACCACUGACCACCACCACCAGCAGCACCACAAUUCACAGCGAAGUGCAGACCCUGGAGAACACCGAACCACUGAGCACGACCGAGCAGCAGCAACCGGAAACAGAAACCGAGCCGGAAGCGGAUUUGGAAGUGUCCGUCCGCACGCCCGCCAACACCUACGGAGCCCCCGGAGAUCAGGAUCCCCUGGAGCCUGACACCGUGGAGGUGGUGGCCCAGGAGCCAGCCCGUGACUUUCAGCCACCCUCGCUGGAGGCCGUGGAAAACUUUGCCGCCGAUGGCGCUGUUGCUGCUGGCAGCGAGCAGCCUGUUGCUGAUGUCCCUGCCCUGGGCGAAGCGGAAUCCCAGGACGAUGAGCCGGAGACUGAGGUGAAGGCCGCAACCCCUGCAGGAACCUACGGACCACCCGCCACCACCUACGGAGUGCCCGAGCUGAGCGAGCCCGAGAACGAGUUGGACCAGGAGGAGUCGCAGGUGGAGCUGGUGGAGGAGGCGGCUGCGGAGGCGGCGCUGGCCAACGAGCUGGCCAGCGGACGCCUCAUCCUGCUGCCCCUGGGCGCCAGGGGAGCGCAGUUCGGCCGCCUCGUGCUGGCCGUGGAGCAGCCACGUAUGCGCUUGAGAAGCGAGCGCCUGAGGAGGAUCUAAGGAUUGUCUUGUCACUUUACAAAUGGGGAUCAUUCCAACGAAAAUAUACGUACUUAUUUCAACUAAAGCUUUUCUGGAUUUAUUACCUAUAAUCAUUUAAUUGGAAAAGGUGUCUAUGUGUCGAAAAGUAUGCAACCAUAUACCUUUGGCUCAGAUGUUCAAUGAGUUCAUUCUCCUUUAUUGACUGCAUUACUUUAGACAUCUUAAUUUUUUUGUACGAUUAUUAUGUAGCACAAAUACGAAAUACAAAAAUAGAUCCAGAAUUUUUUUAUCAGCUGGUAUUAUUUGUAAAUUUGCACAACCCCAAUCAUCCCAUCCGUUGACUUCAAUAUUUAACAUUCAAUCAACAGUUUUUCGUGGAUCUCUUAGAGACUGGCCAAAAACUACCUGGCAUAAACGCAAUACAAUUAAAGCAAUGGUUUAGCCGAAGCAGCUGGUGGCCAGGAAAUGUAUCUGUCAAGGAAAUGGAAUUGGCUGUGUCGGAGUGGAUUCCCCGAUCCGACUCCAGCCUUUUCCCAUCAUUUCGCAGAGGAAGUUGUUUCAGCAAAAUUGCCGAACACGGUUCAUUGCAUUGUUUAUGCCAACUGGCUUGGCUUGUGAUUGGGUCACGCCCACAGGAUGCACAAGUGGGUGUGUCGGGACUGGGGUUGUCCCGCUUUUGG